GCCAGGAUCCUGUGUCAAACCAGUCCUCAGCAUUGCAGAGUGGGACAGCUGUGUAACAACGCCAACAUGCUUCUCACCACUGCAAACACAGCCACGGGUGCCUUGUCUUCUGCUGCCAGUUGUAGAGGCACGAACUUGGCCAGAGCAGCUGCUCCCCACAAACAACAGUGUCCAGCCAGUGCUGGGAGAGAGGAGGACAGACCCCAGGAAGAGUGAGAGCACAGGGAGGAGGAGGAGGAGGGAUUUGGCAGGGGCAAAACUGCCCCAGGAGCGUAGGUGGGUGAGUAGAUGCCUCAGGUUGAGCUCUUGGGCAGCUGCUCUCCUGGAUGUUGCCCUCCCCACCCCCAGCCACUCACCCUGUGGACAGGGGAAGGAGGCAGCCCUUCCCUGGGGCAGUGAGGCUGUCCCAACAGGGCAGAGUGCUCCCAGGCUCCUUCCCCUGCCAGUUUAAAUGCAGCUUGACAGUGCUUCUAUCCUGUUUCCCUUCCUACCAUCACCCCUCCACCAGCCUCCAGUUCCUUUCUGUCUUUCAUGAUGGUGCUAAUGAGAUCCCUGGAGAAGUUUUCCCUUUAAAAUGAAACAGGUCUUGUUGAGCCCAAAGAGCCUGAUGUCAGCCAGCCAACACAGCAAUGAACCCCCACACAACCACUUAAGGUCUCUCUCUUGGAGGUGUCCUGUCUCCUGGCUCAGUGGCUUCUUUGCUGCUUUACUCCCUCUGCCAGGAAGACAUGUGCCUUUGUGCAUGUUUUCCAACCACUGGUUUGUCCACUGAAGGAGUGGUUUGCCGUGGUGAUGUUGCUCGCUAACUGCGGAGGCCGUUCAUUCUUCAGUGUGGAUGUGUUCAAGGAAGCACAGAGAGCAAGAGGAAGGGAUGUACAGAAGGUGACAGCAUAUGGGCAAAAAAGAAAGGAUGGUUGGGAUCUCAAAGGUCAGUGCCAAGGUUCCCAGCUAAUGUGGUUACUCCAGUAUGGCUACCCCUCUUGCACAAGUUUUACCAUUUGAUCUUCAGCAUUUCAGUUUGGAGAUAGCUCUUACUCUGCCAGCUCAGCUGCUGAGACCUCACAUCUGUUACCUUUCCAUGCUGCCCAGAUCCCAGCACAGGUGUUUGUGUUCUGUGUAUGUCAGAUUCCCUGCUGCAGUUUCACAUGGGUCUGCUAUUCCUGCCUUGCUGCCCCUGGCAGGUUGGCAUAGCUGCUGUGCUCUGCAGGUGUUUCCAGCAAAAGCAAUGGAAAUUUGGCUGCUGACUUUAACCAGAGCAGGAAGAGACCCAGCUGGCUGCAAAUUAUGGCCAAGAUCUUUGGAUUUAGUGCAGUCUUUCUUUGCAAAUAGAUUUAUACUGGGACUGUCUGGGUUUAGGUUGCUGUCCUUGAGUUGUCAUGAAACUGUUACAUCUGGCUUCUUGGUGGCUCUGCUUGAUAUGUUGCUUCCUUGCUUUUAUCACAGGCAUGUUGUACUUGUGCUGGAGAGCACACAAAAUACUGGAGUAGACCCUCAGCUGUUCCCCCAGCUACUCAAGUUAAUGGUGCUAGGGGAAAAAAAGGAGUUGAGAUGAUGAUCCAGCAUAAUUUCUGUAGUAGUAGAUAUAUCCGCAGGUGCUGGUCUGUCAGAAUCCAGAGAAAAGUAUCCUGCAGGCAAAAAUUAUAGAGAAAGGUAAUACCAACUGCUUCAGCAAUAGAUACAGCUGGAAAAAACAAACGUGCUCUUGAGUGUGCUAUCAAUAAUUACAGUAACAGUACUAGCCUCUCCCUGCCAGCUUGCAUUGCUUAACCACCACAGAUCUGUCAUGGCUACAAGGGCAUUAAUACUGACUGAUGUAGGUAGCUAUUGCUAAGGAGGUACAGGGGAGAAGGAGGGUCUUCAGCGUGAAUCAGAUGUUGUUGCCUUACAAUUUUUUGCCAGCAUUUAUGCUUUUCCACAUGGUUAAAUAUGAGUUGCUGUGCAAAACAUUUUAACUGCUGUUUUAAAGGAAAUAACCUCCCAGAAAGAGAGAGCUGGAGAAAUCAGAGGACUGCAUCUAAAUCCCUUCAGUAUUGGGUUUGGUGAUGAAUUGGUCUGUGCUUUGGAUUAGCUCUGAAACCCCCUGGUCUCCUGUUCAGAUUUUUAAAAAAAGAAGAAAAAAAAGUAAAACCCAUACAAUUUCCACAAGGAAAGCUCGGAGCAAAAUAUGGGGUUCCUGUCCUUUACGAGAGGCCUGCUGCUACUGAUGUUUGAGAGAUACCUUCUGGGUUUUGAUGGAAGAGAAAAGAAGUCCUAAUGGACUCUAGUUUGACCCUACAUCAGCCCCAGAGCCAAAUGUGGCCUUCCCCACUCAUAACAAAUGUGAGGUAUCUGCCUGGAGCCCCUCUUUGGUGCUGUGAGGAGAAAGGGUCCACUCAGGGUGCUCUUCCUGGGGCUUGAAAAAACCUGAGCUGCCGUCUUUUUAUCUGCUUUUUGAAUGAGAUUUAGAAAACAUUCAAGGGAAUAGCUGUUCAUUUGUUGUUAAGGGUUUUAAAUGAUGGCAAAAUGAGGCAAUCUUAGUUUGGAAGGUGCAUGUCCACACAGGCAGUUAAUCUGGGGUCCUGCUGUGGGGGGGUUGUGCUGCUUCUCUCCACACCAGGGGCCAGAGGGGAAGCGAGGUGCCUCUGAGAGGUCAUGCUUCUGCGUCAGCUCCUCUGGGCUUUUGGGACUGUGCAGCCACCACCUUUAACAUCCCAGUUUUCAUAUUAGAAAUUUCUGAUGCAGCAAGGAAAGGAGUAAGAGGACUCAUUGCUCUUCAACCCUUUAGGAAAUGAGAUGCAAGCAAUGACAAAACAGAGAAUAGGUGGCUGCUGAAAGAGCAGAUACUGGCAGAGAGAUACAUACUGGCAGAGGAGAGCAUGAAACUGUUCAGUUUUAAAGAGUAACGUAGGCAGAACAGACUGGGUGCAGCUGAAAAAUUUGGAUUAUGACUCACAUCUACAAACCUUGGCUGGCAUCUCGCAGAGGACAUGGUAAGCUCUGUGCUACUGAAACACACAGUCUUUUGAAAAGUUUGCACCCCUCAUGGUCAGGAGUGCCUGUAGUAGUUCUGUGUACUGCUCACUUCCAGGUACGAUAUUCAGCUCAUGCCAAUAAGCCUGCCAAAAACAGAUGUGUGUCUGACGCUGAGACAGAAGGAAGGGCAAAGACAGAGCCCCUUGGAAUAAAUAUCUCUGGAGCAGGUGAUAAAUUCGAUGCAGGUCUUGUGUAGAGGAGAGGGGUUUUUUUCUUAACUGUGUUUGGUUUCUUUGGAGUAUGAGUCUGAUUCCUGUGUCCACACUGAUUUGCACGGUAGGUAGAAGGGUAAAUUACCUACAAGGAAAAUGAAUAGGGGAUAAUGCUCAGUUCACCACUUGUUUAGGUAGGUGAUAAUCUGGCAUCCUGGGAUGUGGUCUGGAAAUAGUUGGCCAAAGUGAUUCUCUUUGCAUGGUUGGAAAUGCUACUGCAAAGCACUUCUGGGUUCACUGCCUUCACAGGGCCCCCACACUUGUUGCAAAAUGAAGGAGAGGAAACUUGUGGCCUUUGUGAAUAAAACCAGAAGUUAUGUGCUUGGGGCGCCUUCCUGGAAAACAAAUGAAAGUUCAUGAAGCUUGAAAUUCCAUUCUGGGAUUGGAGGGAAUCUAUAUCUAGGAUAUCUAAGUUCAGAUAGUUGUAGCAGUUACAUAUAGAAAGGCCUUGCACUGUGGUUAUUUUUCACCUCUUCUGAAGUCAAAGACAUGAAUCAACCCAUGCUCUUACUCCAAAGGCCCAAUGCUUUUGAAGUGACCUAAGUCUCUCUCUGCCCUAUCCCGUCAUAUAGAAAAGGAUUAACACUCCCAUGCAAAUGUUCCUGCCCUUAGACAUGUCUGGUCCCAGUGUUCAUGUCCCAACUUUGCUGCUGCCAUGACCCGUGAUACACUGCUGAGUUUACACUAGCUGGGUAUCUGUUACUAUGCGAAAUAUCUGCCUUCUCCUGUCAUGUUGCUAUUCCCUGAAUUUCAAGUAUUUCAAGAUGUUUCAGCCCUGUUGCCUUUUGGGUGGGUUUUUUUUGCCUUCUAUGGCUGGAAGAACCCACAGAAACACAGUCAGAGGCUCAUUAGUUUUGAUCUAACUCUGCUUAGCUGCCCUCAGAAGGACUGAAAUAGUGGUGUUGAAGUAUGGCCAUCCAUGGGUGGACAGAAGAUUGCUCCUUCCAGGUAAAGAACAGUUUUUUCUGGAUGUUUAAGUACUAAGAGUGGUAUGAGGACCUCAUGGAAAUGUCCCACCUUCUGUACAUUUCUCCCAAGCCUGUGCAAUAACCUCCGAGAAACUUCAUUUCCUUUUGAGGGGAUGAAGUGCUUUCCUCUGCCUGGCUUGCACUGCUUCCAUGGUUUCAGCACUCGGCAAAGCGCAGAUCAUCUUCUCAGAGGCAUGUUGCUGUUGGUUUCUCUCCAUUUGCUUUGUUUGCUUCUGUGACCCACCCCAUCAUUUUAUUUUUUCUCCACUGCAUUAUUUAAGGCAGGAAAGAACCUGUUGCCCUGGAGGCGAGGAACCUGGCGGUGCUGGACCACUUUGUACCCAAACAUGCUCCACCACCGUGAGCUCAGUAGACAGCUGGGCUGCUUUGGUUCAGCUUUCAAAAGCAAACUUAGCUGUAACCACUGAACAUUUAGCCACUGGGCAAAAAAAUGCACCCAAAGUUACAGUCUCUUGAAACUCUCCUGCCAGUUGUUGCCCAUGCUGUGUGCAUGCUCUGGGCAGGAUGGCUUGUAAAUGGCACCUUUGCACAGCAGGAAACAUCCCUCCAAGUUGCUGGUUUUCCCUUGCUCUGGCCCAAGCAUGACUUGCCUCUCAGCAGGGCCGGCUGCAUCAUCCCAGGGCAGAGCUGCCCGGCAGGGUGAUCACGGGGCUCUCGGCACGCUCCUGCCUUCCGCUUCCUGCCUGCUUCAACAGCUGUAGGAGGGAAUUUUCUGAACUUUCCCUAACUCAUGCUGCUGCGGCUCUGGCAAUUUGCACAGAAGGGAGAGCAGGGACUCCUGAUUCCUGUUAUGAAGGUUGUACACAUGAAAAUCAUAUUUGUUUUCUCCCUUGUUGCAAUGACCCUGCCUGAAGCAGCAAAGGUGUCCCUCCCUUGCAGCCCGUGUUCCCUCCACCCACCUCCCCUCCAUCUCCCAGUAUGAGCCCCUAGAGCUGCAUGCCCUGCACCAUUCCAGGGCUAUUCCCAAGAAGCUGUGCCUGAGCUUUGGGCUUCCCAUGAGCCCGCUGUCACCUCUGUUUGUACCCGUGUGCACUCUGGUAAUACGUGGAGGCUGCUUUUGCAAAGGCAUUUGGUGCCUUCCCUGCAGAACAAAUCUGAGGGUUUUUUUCUUUCUGCUUGUUCAAGAAAGUGUCCUGGCUCACAGCGGAGGAGCAGUACUCCAAGCCUGGGUUAGAACAACACCUAAAACCCACAACAUCCUUUGGAGUGUUGUGUAUACAAGAUCCCACAAGAUCUUCAAGUGAAAUGUGUAAGUGAAGUAAAAGAUGGGGAAUAACAUCAGCCCCAUAGGGUAUGACAAGCAAGGCCAAAAUUGAUUUGUCAUUGCCAAGUAAGAGGAACACAGGACAUGGUGAGGGAACUUGACAUCCAGUAGCUGAGGGGUUUCCCUGCUGCACAGCCCAGAUCCAAAGCCCACCUGAGGUCCAUUAGAGAUGUGUGCACUUUGGCUUGGAUAUUUUCCAGCUGAGCUGGACCAGCAUCCCUCAGUGUCUCAGAGGGGUGACUCACGCUGCUGCAGGCACAAAGUCCCCUGCCCAUGCGCACCAGCAGCCUGGAUUGCCUUGGGGCUCAUCUUCGGACUACGUCUGGCAGGCAGUGAGCGCUGCCUCUCUAUUCCCAGAAUGAACCUUACAUAAAUGCCUGAUCCAAACUAUCUUGUCAUCCUUGACGAAUCCUCCUGCUAUUAAGUCAUUCCCCACUUUCCUUGGCUCGGAGCUCCUCCAAGAUGUUUGCUAUUGAUGGCCUUGCUGAUGCCUACUCUGACAGAAUUUUUAUUUUCCCUCCCACGCAGCUGCUAGUGGGAGGCACUGAUUCAUGCCAACGACCUGCCCGAUCCUGGAGCUGAAAGGCAGCCAGGGAGAGAGCUGAGCUCCUGCAACAGGCAGGUGCCGGAGCAGAUCCUCAGUAGGCAUCAAUGAAGUAGCUCCCAGCCUGUGAAUGGAGCAGGGCCAUUUACACCAGUGGAGGAUCUUUGACAGGAGUCUGAGGUGUUUUGGUAUGUGUGGGUAUAUCGGGACAUAUGGUUGCUAAAAUCAGUGUGUACAACAGGCAGUAUACAUCCUAUAUAAAUGUGUCUAUUUCAUUAUUGAGUGUAGGUGAUUUUGUGUGGGGCAUAUGUUUUCACACAACACAAAAGUUCAUUUUAAAAAUACCCUGUUCUGUAGGCUUUCCCUAAUGACUAUUUUUCCCCACAGAUCUAUUAGCCAACAACAUAUGCCAGCAUUCUUUCCUUAAAAGUAAAAGCUGGCACACAGCAGAGCAUGAAAUAAUAAGAUGUGAUUAAGACAGGAGCUGGAGCUAACCAAAGCCAGAAAACUCAUGGCUGAAAGGUCAAACCAUUAUUUAAAUUGCCUUUGCAAUGGCCUAUUUAUUUGCAGGUGCUGUGAAUUAUGAGGGAAGGUCUUGUAAUGAAAGAACAUCUGGCAUGGAAAAUCUCACCUCAGUUCAAGCUGAACAAAGUUUCACUUGCGCUGGAAGAUACAUCACUGAAGAGCUGGAGCUAGAAGGAUGCUGCAUGGAAGAGAAGAGGGUUACAAAAACUGUAAUCUGAAUGGAAGGUGAACAAGGUACCUGGCUUUGCCUCCUGGAGUUAAUAAAGGCUGUCUUCUGAAACAAGCUUCAAAUCGAGCUGAAGUUCCUGGCUUCCUUUACAUACAAAUGAAGCUGCAUGUGUCAGUGCAGUUCCAGUAGAAAAAGACCAUAUUGAAGAAAUGGUAACACAGUGCAUAGUGGAAGUUCUGUCCAAUGCUCUGUCUAAGCCAAAUGCACCACCAAUUAAUCCUGAAUGCAAAGAAAUCCUGAAGAAGAGUGAUAGAAAUGACAGACAGAGAAGCGAAAAACAACUUGAAGUGAGGCAUUUGAAAGACCUAGCAGAGAUUGAAAAACAUCACACUGGGAGUGUGGAGAAAGAACCAAGUCAGGCAGAAGAGGAAUCUAAAAAGUACAUGAAAGGAAGUGAUGAGGAGAAGCUUGGUCACAAGGAAGGUAAAAGCAAGGAAGAGGAGGAUGGACUCCACACACCAAUUCGAGAAGAGAGACUUCAUACAGAAGAAAAGAAACACUAUCAGGAAACUGGAAGAGAGGAGGAGAAGAGUUACCACAGUGAAGAAGAAAGCAAAGAGAGCAAGCAUCAUGACGAAGAGGUAGAGCAUGCUGUUCUCAACAAGAAGUCCCACUCUGGAGGCACAAGCACAGAGGAGUUCCCUGAUGGGAAUGAUCAGCACCCCAUGGGCCACUGGCACUCAGAGGAGGGAAUGCAGAGCCCAAAAAGAAUCCAUGAAGGUGAAGAGGGAGAGGCAGAGGAAGAAAGAAGUGAAAAAUACCACCAUGAGUCUAAGGAACGUGAUUUCUCCCAUCAGCAAGAACAUGAAGAAUUGGAUGAGAGUGAAGAAACAGAGGAGGAAAAGCAACCCUACAAACCCAAACGUUAUCAUGGGAAGCAUAGAAUGGGUGACUUCUCUGAAAAGAAGAGGGGCCAUGGUGGUGAGAAAGAGGAACUAGCUGAGGAGUCAAACACAGAGGAGGCCUAUCUCUGGGACAAGAGGAACCACCAUCAGAAACAUCAUGAAGAGUCUGAGCAGCAGCGUGAGGAGAAGAGUGGUUAUCGUGGGAGGCAUGGGUCUGAAGAGGUGGAGGAGAAGAGGCAUGCAGGCCAGGAAAGUGAGUACAGAGAAAGGUGGCAGCAGAGUGAAGAGAGCAGUGAAGAAGAAAACAAGAGGCAUCGCCACAGUGAAGAAAGUAAUGAGAAAUGGCACGAGGAGAGGAGACACCGUGAUGGAUCACAUGAGGUGAGGAGGCAGCAUUCUGAGGGAAGGAUGUAUCUUGGAGAUGAAAGUGAGGAAGAGCUGGAUAGGUAUCUCAGUGGCGGCAGCAAGGAGGAGCAGCAUCAUGCUGGAGGGAGAUACCGCUUGUGGGACAAUGAAGAUGAAGGGUCACAGAAAGCAUACACUCAAGAGCGCAAAGGGCAAGCCAGAAGACACUACAGCACUGAGGACAGUGUAGAGCAACAGCGCUACCCUGGCAGCAGUGAGGAGGAGGAGGAAGUAGAAAAGAAGCAUCACAGCAGUAAUCAGAUGGAAAACGAAGAGGAGAAUAUGGAGGAGGGAAGAUACGCAGAGAGGGAAGAGUACACAAGCCAUCUCCCUGCAGAGAAUGAGAAGAGGACCGUGGUAUCCUACAGCCCUUUCUACCCACUGCUGUGGUGGAAAAGCCGGCACUUUCAGAAAAGGGACAACACAGGAGAGCAGCUUCUGGAGGGCAAAGAGGAAAGCAGGCCCACUCUGAAUGAGAAGAGUCUUUUCCCUGAAUAUAAUGACUAUGACUGGUGGGAGAAAAAGCAAAUCCUAAGUGCUCUGAACCAUGGACGCAUUGACAAGAGGAGUCUUGGCAAAAUGAACAGAUACGAUAUGAAAAGGCAAUACAACAAGAUGGAUCAACUUGCACAACUUCUGAAUUACAGGAAGAAAUCAGCUGAAUUCCCAGAAUUGUACAAUUCUGGAGAAGACAUGAAAAAACGUCACGUAAUCGGGAAUGACAGAAGAAGUCUGAGCCAGAGGCCUCUGACAGAAGAGGAGGAAAAAGAACUGGAAAACCUGGCCACUAUGGAUUUGGAGCUGCAGAAAAUAGCUGAGAAGUUUAAUGACAACAGGAGAGGCUGAAGAUGAUCUGCUUUGGCAUUUCAAAGCUAGGUGUAGCUGUACUCAAAAUACCUAUAUUUUGUGGUAAAUUCACUGCCACUGGAUUGUUGUUUGCCCUAAAACCAGGAAAUACUAUUUACUGUCCACUAUAGUGUAGUGAUUUAUACAGCUGAAAAUGUCUUUAAUUUGCUAUUAUGCUAUUGAGAUCUGAAUAGCAUGAAUUUUAGUAUUAUAACCUUUCAUGCAAGGCAGGUAUUUUUAAUAUGCUUGUGAAAAUAAUUGUGUUAGUGCUGUUCGGAAAUAUAUUUGUCUGAGUUUGAAAUAAUAAAAAACAUUGAUCUUGGGCCAAA